CGUGGCGGCCCUUCCAGACAGUGGCGGGCGGCCUGUCGCCUCUCUGCAGCGCCCAGCUCGAUCACGGGCGGCCUGUCGCCUCUCUGCAGCGCCCAGCUCGAUCACGGGCGGCCUGUCGCCUCUCAGCAGCGCCCUGCUCGAUCACGGGCGGCCUGUCGUCGCAGACUUGAGGACGUUGCUGCUGUCACGCCUCGUGGUGCACGCGCUGCCAGCGGUACGCGUUGCGGCAAGGAGGAAACAGUGUGGAAGAAGAGGCGGUCGGGUGGUGAAGAGGAGGUGAGAAGGAGGUUUGGAAGAGGUGAGGAGGGCAGAGCUCCUCGUGCGCUCCAGCCUCGACCAGCAGCACGGACCUCAUCAGAGACGAGAAAGCGCCGCUGCAGCGAUGGGGAAGGAUAAAGGCCGCUACACCGUCACCCCCUCCUCGGAGCAGCACACCAAUGGGGGGGGGGGCACUGGCGAGGCGACGGGGUCCACAAACGGCGACGUCCCCGCCCAGGAGGCCCAGGACUCUAUGCAGCUGAAAAAGGAGAUCUCGCUCGUUAGCGGCGUGUGCCUCAUUGUGGGGAACAUGAUCGGCUCGGGAAUCUUCGUCUCGCCCAAGGGGGUCUUGAUGUACAGCGCCUCCUAUGGCCUGUCGCUCGUCGUCUGGGCGCUGGGCGGGAUCUUCUCCGUGUUCGGGGCCCUGUGCUACGCCGAGCUCGGCACCACCAUCACCAAGUCGGGCGCCAGUUACGCCUACAUCCUGGAGGCCUUCGGCAAGUUCCCGGCCUUCAUCCGCCUGUGGACGUCCCUGCUGAUCAUUGAACCCACGAGCCAGGCCGUCAUCGCCAUCACGUUCGCCAACUACCUGGUGCAGCCGAUCUUCUCCACUUGCGAGCCGCCAUACGCCGCCUCUAGGCUCAUCGCCGCCGCCUGCAUUUGCCUGCUGACGUUUGUGAACUGUGCGUACGUGAAGCAUGGCAUCCGCGUGCAGGACCUCUCCACCUACGCCAAGGUCAUUGCGCUCAUCGCCGUCAUCAUCGCCGGCAUUGUCUUUCUCGGCAAAGGAAAGACCGAAAACCUGGAGUCGUCAUUCGAAGGCUCGAACUGGGAUGUGGGGAAUAUGGCCCUGGCGCUCUACUCGGCGCUCUUCUCCUACUCGGGCUGGGACACGCUCAACUUCGUCACGGAGGAGAUCAAAAACCCUGAGCGGAAUCUCCCUCUCUCCAUCGGGAUCUCCAUGCCCCUCGUCACCAUCAUCUACAUCCUCACGAACGUGGCCUACUACACCGUGCUGGACCAGACAGCCAUCCUGAACAGCGAUGCUGUAGCCGUGACGUUCGCGGACCAGGUGUUCGGCAUCUUUAACUGGACCAUCCCACUGGCCGUGGCACUCUCCUGCUUCGGGGGGCUCAACGCCUCUAUCCUCGCCGCCUCCAGGCUGUUCUUUGUGGGCUCGCGCGAAGGACAGUUGCCGGAUGCCAUCUGCCUGAUCCACAUGGAGCGCUACACGCCCGUGCCUGCCCUGCUCUUCAACGGCAUGAUGUCUCUGAUCUACCUGUGUGUGGAGGAUAUUUAUCAGCUCAUCAACUACUACAGCUUCAGCUACUGGUUCUUCGUGGGGCUCUCGAUAGCUGGGCAGUUGUACCUGCGGUGGAAGGAGCCGAAUCGACACCGGCCGCUGAAGCUGAGCAUCAUAUUCCCCAUCGUGUUCUGCUGCUGCACCGUGUUCCUCGUCGUGCUACCGCUCUACAGCGACACCGUCAACUCCCUGGUGGGCAUCGCUAUCGCCCUCACCGGCGUGCCCGUCUACUUCGUCACGAUCCACCUGUCAGAGGAGAAACGGCCCAAGAUCCUCCGCAAGAUCACCGAUUUUAUCAUGAAAUACACGCAGCUCAUAUGCAACUGUUGUCUCACCGAGCUUGACAAAGAGGUUGACAAGGAAUCUCAGCCCAAGUCGAGUUGAAGCUUCCCACGAGUGACCUCCGAACGCUGUGCUCUUCCUGCUCAUCGGGCUCCCGGGAGAGACCGUGCCAGCAAUGUGCACUGUGGAUCCAUUACAGCGCAGGCAGCCUGGGAGUGAAAGCACAAUCGUCACAUUGUGCGAAUCCCGAAGCAGACUUUGACAGUCUCUGUAAUAACUGCAAUAAUACCAUCAGCUGUGACUGUCACAAUUACAUUUUAUUCUUGUUAUAUUUGAGACAGUUUCGUUAUUGAUUUUUUUUAUGGUAAUUAUUAUUUUUAUAUUUGGGUGAAACUACUGAAUUUGAUUGCACAUUAAUAUUUACUCUACUGAAUGGGUAUUUUGCUAACAUUAUUAGGUUGUUAGGGGGGUCUAAUGCCUCGCGAGAACACUGGGGCUCCUGCGGUUAAAUAUGGGUUUUAGCCUCCUGAUGAUUCGGGUCCUCAGCAGUCUGGUAGGCAGCGACUGAAAGAUGAACCCAUCCUAUUAAACUUUUGUUAUUUCACUGAAUCCACCUAAUUCCAGCACUGAGGUUUACGGUGUGGGUGUGAGUGACACGUGACAAACACUUCCUGUAGAGAGUGUGCGCCGGAGUGUGGAUUACAAGGCCUGCACAAGCGAAGCUUUGAGGGACAUCGACACAGGGUGGUGCACUACUGGCUGCAGCGAUUCCUCGUGAGAAUGUCUCCUCCGCCUCUCACUUGACGCCGGAAUAUAUGCGGAGGAAAAAACACCCCCGGUAUAACAAUGCGCAGGUUUUGGAGCGUGAGAGAAUAAACAAACCUCACUGGACUUGAGAUCGUAAUGUGAGCACUCCGGUUGGCCCUUCACGUUGCCAUGCAAAUCUAAAUAAUGGCAACGAACGCGACGUCUUUGUGCGUAACAGUGACUGAACACCUCCUGGAAGUGCCUUUAUAAUCCAGACAAUAUAAAGCACUUCUAAAUAGGUUCGUUUUUAAGCAACGUCCAUUUGAUAUUUUCAUAAAAUAUCUCUGUUGUUGACAUGAGACAUUCUACUAAUAGCAGCAUGCCGUAUGGGUAACGUGCAAUUAUAUACCCUGACCUUGAUUAUGGUUGUGGUGGAUUGUGAUUGUUUGCGACCACGUUCCGUCAGUUGUAUUAAUCUCCCUGCAUUUCAACUCAUUGUCAAGGGAAAUCCAUCUCUUUCUAAACCUGCCCAUUCAAAUGAAAAAUAGUUCAUGUAAGCUUUACUUUAGACGCCACAGUCUAUUUCCACGGCUAGUUUUGAAUGCAUCGUUGUUUCGCACAAUAAAUUAAAAUAUAUGUGUGUGCUAUUGAAUAUAUAGAUAGUAUAUAGGUAUCGUGAACGUGUCCAUGUGGCCACGUUCAAUGUGGGCCGCUACCCCCGCUUCAGCUGGCAAAACUUUUUGCAAAUGUUACGAUGCUGGUGUUGUUUUCUCAAAUUGAUUCGAACUUUGUUUCAUUUUGCACUUUUUAUUAAUUGUCUUGACUUGUUAAUAAAAGUACACAAACCUUU